AUGUUUGGCUCGUCGGGAUUUGGUAAUAAGAGCACAAUUUUUGGUCAAUCAUCAAAUUCGACUGCGUUGAAUAGUUCGAAUAAUGAUGAUUUCUUGGUCGACGGUGCUCCUGAUGAUACCGUUCAAGUGAUAAAGUUCAGUCCUCAGCCGCAGGAUAAACCGAUGUUAGCUUGUGGAAGUUGGGACGGAACAAUCCGCGUAUGGAUGGUGAACGACAGUGGAACUAUUGAAGGGAAAGCACAACAAAAUAUCGGGGCACCGGUGAUGGAUCUCGCGUGGCUCGAUGAUGGAACCAAAAUCUUCAUCGCCGCUGCUGAUAAAGACGUUCGCUUGUGGGAUUUGGCGUCGAAUCAGAUGGCUGUGGUUGGAACACACGAUGGACCUGUCAAAACUUGUCACUGGAUCAACGGAAAUAACUAUCAAUGUCUAAUGACCGGCUCGUUCGAUAAAACUUUGCGGUUUUGGGAUAUGCGUAAUCUACCUACUCAAACGUCUCUUGCCAAUAUUCAGCUACCUGAACGCGUUUAUGCCGCUGAUGUGAAAUACCCGAUGGCGGUUGUUGCAUUGGCUAAUAAAAAUAUUAAAGUGUAUAAUCUCGAAAAUGGUCCGACAGAGGUUAAAGAAAUUGAAAGUCAACUAAAGUAUCAGAUUCGGUGUAUUGCGAUCUUCAAGGAUAAGAAUAACCAGAUGCCAUGUGGUUUUGCUAUUGGAUCCAUCGAGGGCAGAGUUGCCGUUCAGUACGUUGAAAGUUCGAAUCCAAAGGACAAUUUCACUUUCAAAUGCCAUCGAUCGCCGGACCUCGUUAAUGGAUAUCAGGAGAUUUAUGCGGUGAAUGCGAUUUGCUUCCAUCCACAGCACGGCACCAUAGUGACACUAGGAUCGGAUGGGCGAUACUCAAUGUGGGACAAGGACGCACGCACGAAGCUCAAGACAUCAGAUGCACAUCCAAUGUCGCUCACUGCUGCUGAUAUCCACAGUUCGGGAAAUAUAAUGGUUUAUGCAUUGGGAUACGAUUGGAGCAAGGGACACGAUGGAAAUACACAACCAGGGACAAAAAUCGUGAUCCACAAAUGUUUCGAGGAUCUGAAACCGCGUGCUUCGAAGAAAUAA